AUGAUACUUUUACAAUUAUUAACAAUAAGUGCUGAUUAUCUACUAGGUACUUCAAGUAGAGGACAUUUGAGUGUAAAGGCCAGGGAGAUUGAAGAGCUGAUCAAACUUAAAACGGCUGAAACUAACCUAGGAGGAGUUGAUGUUCAAUUCGAGGAUGAUGAUGUGGAGACAGAGACUGUGGUUACGGCAGUGGGGGAAAACAACUUUUCGACAAUUGAAGAGCAGGCUGUGGAGAAUGCAGCUGCUGACGACCAACAUGCUUCCUCUCCUCGUUCGGUCUAUCGUACGACGCCCAUACCAAGAAAAACGAGGGCCGCGCAAGCAAAUAAUCUGCAAGAUUUCACAGACACUUUUGCUCAUUACAUGUCUGCGGCCAUCUUAACCAUGGAAGGCCCGAACUCAGAAGACUCUCCUUGUGCCGGCGGUAAUGAUGUCAAUGGAAGUCGUCUGACAUCGUUGGAGAGCAGCUUGGAGAUGAUGAGCGGUCAGGUAACAAUUUAUACUUUCGCAUUAGUUAUUAUUUAA